AUGGCCAGCAAACAGGGCAGCGGCAGCGGGGGAAACCAGAGCUGCUGCUGUGGAAAAGGCUUCUGCGGGUUCCUCUUCACCGUAGGCCUCUUCGUGCUCAUCUACUGGGCCAUCUUCCAGCCCCACCACAUCCGCGCCACAGUCGACUCCGCCACCCUCUCCAACCUCACCGUCUCCAACUCCAACGCCUCCUCGGUUGCUGAGGUUUCCUACAACCUCGCCGUCAACCUCAACCUCUACAACCCCAGCGUGCGCGUCAACAUCUACUACGACACCAUCGACGCCGAGCUCCGCUUCCGCGACGCUGUCCUUGGCCCGGCCGCCAACGGCACCUCCCCCUCCGAGUUCUACCAGCGCAGAAAGGCCAGCGACGGCGUGAAGCUGGAGUUCGACUACGGGAGGCCGGGCGUCGGUGUCUCUGUCGACGUCGCCGGGGAGCUGCAGAAGGAGAUGAGUAGCGAGGCGCCGGUGGUGCGCCUGGAGCUGGACGUGUACGUGCGGGUCAGGUACGUGUUCAGGAUCUUCAAGCUGCGGCAGAAGCCAAGGAUAUGGUGCUCGCUGAGCAUUCCAGUGAAGGCGGAAGGUCCGGGCCCCGCCGUCGGUGGCGCUGUUGCCUCCGGCGAGCGGUGCAGGGUCAAGUACUGA